GCCGAAAAGAAAGUCUGGGUACCCUGAUUGGCAUCACACGUACUUAUAAUUAGAAAUCAGUACAAUCUGUCACAUUUUACCGGCUUAAAAAUAUUUAUUUAACAUUAAAAAAAAAUAUUAACAAUAAUUUUAACAAUGGAAAAUACAAAACUGACUAAUAAUUCUGUGAUUGAUGAUUCUUCAGACGAAAAAUUUACCUUGAAUUAUUCUGAAAGUUCAAACGAAGGUUUUGGAAUUGUUGAUCAAGUUGGCAAGAUAGGAUUUGAAAAUGAUGUUUCUCUUCAGAACUUAAAAAAAAUAACUCUAAAUGAAGGGAAAAUUUUAAAUCAAGAGCAAGUUUCAAUUCAAGAUUUAUUUAAAAUUUCUUCAAUAAUGAAACCCAAGGCUGUAAAAAGAAAACGGCUUCAAAGACGUAAAAAGAGCCGCCAGGUUUUCCCUUCCAGUAAGGGCAGCUGCACAAUAAAAUUAAGGUCAAAGUCCCACGUGGAGAAGUUAGAGGAAAAACACAUUCUAACUCACAGUGAUUUAAAAUCUUUUGUGUGCGAAGUUUGUGACGCUAGAUUUUCUCGAAAAUAUCAUUUACUUAGACACAUUUACGGUGAUAAAAAUAAAAAAAUUUUUGAAUGCGACAUUUGUUCGGAAAAAUUAGCAAAAAAAUGCGGAUUGAUAAAACAUAUUAAAAGUCAUUCGGAAAAUAAAGACUGUUUAAUCAAAAAAAAUAACAAGUCUGGAAUUUUUCAAUGUUCUAUUUGUUUAUCCAAAUUUGCGAGUUCAAGCAAUUUAAAAAGACAUGCGCGCAUUCAUACGGAGGAAAAACCGCACGCGUGCAAGAUUUGUCCCGAAAGAUUUUUCCGGAAAGAUUAUUUACAGCGUCAUUAUCUUUUUCACGAGAAACAGUCUUUGUUUAAGUGUUCCAUUUAUUCAGAAAAAUGUGAGAACAUGGCUGAGCUGGUCAAUCAUAAAAGAGAUCACUUGAAGGAAAAACCUUUUAAGUGCAAUGUUCGUUACAACAGAUUUGUUGAUGUUAAUAAACUGAAAAGCCAUCGUGAAAUUCACAAAGACAAAAAACUAAACCGUAAAACAUUUGAGUGCGAUGUUUGUUUAUCUCAAUUUUCUAGAAAAGAUAAUUUGAUCACUCAUUUAAGAGUUCAUGAGAAAUUUCCGCUUGUUUGCGAGAUUUGUUCGGAACAAUUUGUUAAAAGAGUUAAUCUAAAAGAACACGUGAAAAUUCAUAUGGGUGGAAAACUUUUUAUGUGUAACGAUUGCUUUAAAUUAUUUGCUGAAAGCGAAAAGUUAGAAGAGCACGUAAGAAUUCAUGAUGAAGAAAAGCCACAUAUUUGUAUGAUUUGCUCGAAAAGAUUCAAACGAAAUGACCGAUUGCUUAAGCACUUACAGUUUCAUACUGAAGAGAAUCCGUUUGUGUGCGAAGUUUGUUCGAUAAGAUUCGCUGAAAAAAGGUCUCUGGUUAUUCACUCAAGAACUCACAAGACGGCUUUUAGGUGCAACAUUUGUUCAGCGAAGUUCAUUCGGAAAAGCGAGCUUGGAAAUCAUGUGAAAAGUCAUAUAAAUAAAAAGUCAUUCAAGUGCAGCGAUUGCUUUGCGGUAUUUUUUGAAAGAAAUGAAUUUGAGCGCCAUUUUGAAACUCACGUUAAAUAUCAAUGUUCGAUUUGUGGGAAGAAAUUCAACCGCAAGGACAGUUUGACUUGUCAUAAACGAACUCAUGUUGAAAAAAAAUCUUUUGAGUGUGAUAAUUGCUCGAAAAAAUUCAAUCGGAAAUCUGGCAUUGUUAAUCAUAUGAAAAGUCAUAUGAAGAAAAAAUUAAUGAAAUGUCUUUAUUGCUCUGAGAAAUUUUUUCAAAAGAAUCAAUUGGAAAGCCACACGCGGAUUCAUACGAAAGAAAAGCCGUUUAAGUGUGAGAAUUGUACUGCGAGGUUCAAACGAAAGGAUCAUUUAGGUAGACACUAUCGAAUCCAUACUGGGGAAAAACCGUUUGUGUGCAAAAUUUGUAAAGCCAAAUUUUAUCGGAAAGAUUACUUGGCUGAUCACGAAAAAAAACAUGAGGAAGAUGAAUCUUAUAAUUGUGAGAUUUGUUCGGAAAAAUUUGUUCGGAGAAAGGAUUUUUGUACUCAUGUUAGAAAUCAUGAACGAGAAAAGACAUUCAAGUGCAAAUAUUGCAAGGCGAAGUUUUUUAACAUUGAGGAAUUGAAGGAACAUGUUACGAUUCAUGCUGAAAGAGUUUUUAUAAGAAGCUUGCAGGUUUUUUAGUACUAAUUUCAGUAGUAAUUUUUAAAGACUAUUUUUAUUGAAGGUGUAUGAAAUUUUAUGGAAGGUAGUGUUAUUUUUAAAGUAAAUACUUGCUUUUAUGUAUAGCAUAUAUAUUUAUAAAAAUGAUGCUAAUAAUUAAAAUAAUACUCUGGAGAAUAAUUGCGGCUGUAAAUAAUCGAAUGUUCCUAAUAUGAGUAUUAGGGUGGCCCAAAAAGAAAUUUUUUUUGUUUUAGUCUUGAGUGAAAAAAUGUUAGUUUUUGAUAUUUUAAGAGCCCUUUCUAAAGGACAGCU